GCAGUUUCUAUCUGCCUUUUCUUCCUUCCUUCCCUCCCUCCUUCCUCACCAGGUGAGAACAAGCUGAUCUUCUGUUUGCUGAUUGGGCUGAAAGCUGAAAGAAGGCCAAGCUGCUUCUCACUGGAAACAGAAUGACUUCAGAGGGACCUCAGCUCCCAGCAUGUGCCCGCACCAAGGCGCUUUGUAGUCCUGCGCCGCCCGCCAGCGGAGCCCGAAGCCCAGCUGGGAGCAGGGAAGAGCGGAAAUGAGAGGUGACUGCUUGAAUCCGCGGCAGUUGGCGUCCCCAGGCAGGCGGAGAACUAGGGGCCCGGCUGCGGCCCGGUCCGACCCUGCCAUCUGAUCCGUCCGCCCGUCCCCAUCCCUGGGUCCCGAGGCAGCCGGCCAUGGCCUCCAAGGUGUGGCUCAGCCGCAUGCUCCGGCACCGCAAGGCCCAACUCCUGCUGGUCAACGCGCUGACUUUCGGCCUGGAGGUCUGCCUGGCGGCGGGCAUCACCUACGUGCCUCCUCUGCUGCUGGAGGUGGGCGUGGAAGAGAAGUUUAUGACCAUGGUGCUGGGUAUCGGCCCCGUGCUGGGCUUGGUCUCGGUGCCUCUCCUGGGCUCAGCCAGCGAUCAGUGGCGGGGCCGCUACGGCCGGCGUCGGCCCUUCAUCUGGACGCUGUCACUGGGCGUCCUGCUGAGCCUCUUCCUCAUCCCCCGGGCCGGGAGGCUGGCGGGACUGGCAGGGCCGGGGGCCCGCUCUCUGGAGCUGGCCCUGCUCAUCCUGGGAGUGGGGCUGCUGGACUUCUGCGGCCAGGUGUGCUUCACCCCCCUGGAGGCCCUGCUCUCCGACCUGUUCCGCGAGCCGGACCACUGCCGCCAGGCCUUCUCCGUCUACGCCUUCAUGAUCAGCCUCGGUGGCUGCCUGGGCUACCUGCUCCCCGCCAUCGACUGGGAUGCCAGCGUCCUGGCCCCGUACCUGGGCAGCCAGGAGGAGUGCCUCUUCGGCCUGCUGACCCUCAUCUUCCUCGCCUGCGUCCUGGCCACCUUCCUCGUGGCGGAGGAGUCGGCGCCGGGCCCGGCCGAGGCGGGCGAGGGGCUCCCGGGGCCCGCGGCUCCGGCCGGCCGCCGCUGCUGCUGCCCUUGCGGGGCCCGGCCCGUGGCCCUGGCACUCCGGAAUUUGGGGGCACUGCUGCCGCGGCUGCACCGGCUCUGUUGCCGGGUGCCCCGGGCCCUGCGCCGCCUCUUUGUGGCCGAGCUCUGCAGCUGGAUGGCACUCAUGAGCUUCACCCUCUUCUACACGGACUUUGUGGGCGAGGGGCUGUACCAGGGCGUGCCCCUGGCCGAGCCGGGCACCGAGGCCCGGCGCCGCUACGAUGAGGGGGUGCGGAUGGGCAGCCUGGGCCUAUUCCUUCAGUGUGCCAUCUCCCUCCUCUUCUCCCUGGGCAUGGACCGGUUGGUCCAGCUCUUCGGCACACGGGCCGUCUACCUCGCCAGCGUGGCUUCCUUCCCCGUGGCUGCGGGCAUCACCUGCCUGUCCCGCAGCGUGGCUGUGGUCACCGUCUCUGCCGCCCUCACCGGGUUCACCUUCUCCGCGCUGCAGAUCCUGCCGUACACCUUGGCCUCCCUCUACCACCGGGAGAAGCAGGUGUUCCUGCCCAAAUACAAAGGGGAUGGCAGCGAGGACAGCCCAGCGACCAGCUUCCUGAGUGGCCCCAAGACCGGGAGUCCCUUCCCCAAUGGACAUCCCGGGGCUGUGGGCGGACUGUUCCCCUCGCCCCCGGGCCUGUGUGGAGGCUCCCCUUGCGACGUCUCCAUGCGGGUGGUCGUGGGAGAGCCAGAGUCCGGGGGGCUGGGCCGGGGCAUCUGCCUGGACCUGGCCAUCCUGGACAGUUCCUUCCUGCUCUCCCAGGUGGCUCCGUCCCUGCUCAUGGGCUCCAUUGUCCAGCUGACACAGUCGGUCACCGCCUACAUGGUGUCCGCCGCCGGCCUCGGGCUGCUGGCCAUUUAUUUUGCCACCCGGGUGGUGUUUGACAAGAGCGACUUGGCCAGGUACCCAGGGUAGGGACGGGAAGGAGGAGGGAGGCCUAACCUCCGCUCUCAAGUCCCCAGAGGGCGAAGGGCAGAGAGGCUAAUGGGGAACUGAGGAAUUCUGCUCCCCACUGCCUUCUAGCCUCCAGGCCCAGCUACGGGAGCGGGAGCGAGCGAGGGAACUUGGCCUUCCCCUCCGCCUUCACACCCACACCCUGAUGGCUGCUUCCUCUCCCCCCAGUUCCCUCACACUGGCUCAGGGGAGGGAGUAAGGGGGAGCGCAGGGGACUGGGCCUUAUUGGACAACUCCAUCGCCUCAAAUUACCCCCCCAGUCCAUUGGUCUCCGCAGCUUGUCUGCCCAAGCAGAGCCAUGAGCGCAGGGGACUGGACCUUAUUGAACAACUCCACCGACUCAAAUUACCCCCCUAGUCCAUCGGUCUCCGCAGCUUGUCUGCCCAAGCAGAGCCAUGACAAUUGGGAGAAUAACACCAUCUGCCCUCUGGUGUCCUUGAGCCAUUUCCUGAGCCCCUGAGAGGAGCCAGGGCUAGUCCUUGCCUCUGAGGCCUCCCUUACAGCCUUGUGCCCCUAUUUCUGGAGGUGGGGAGCCCCAGGAAGGGAUGUGAAGGCUGGAGGGAGCCCCCUGACUGCUCUCCUGACAAGACCGAGGAGUUGCCUUUUCGGUGGGGGCGGUUAAUUGCCUGCUGUGUGCUUGUGUGCAAUUCUGGAGGGAGAAAUUGGGGGAAUUAAGCUCCCGAAACGGGAGAAGGGUGGGAAGAAGGGGAUUCUGGAGGGCAGGGGAGGUAGGCCGUCUUGAUCACCUCCAGCUCAGAGCCAGGCCCUUGCUCUCCCCCCGGGCAGCCCUGCCCUCUUCCCCCUCCGACCCCAAUGGCCAGAGGCUCCAGCGGGGAUCAGAAGCCCGUGAGCUUUGAGGAGGUUGGGUGGGGAGGGAAAAGGGAAGCUCAGCCCCCCAGCUUAGAGCCAGUACCCCCAGCACUUAACCCCUUCCCCUUUCCUCCAUCCGUUAGAGCCAGACCUGGUCCUCCCAUCUUAGGUACCCAGGUAAGAAGUAAAGUGGCGG